GUCUGUGGUCAAUUGUCAUUGUCACUAAUAACAAAAACACGCAGUUUUUUUGUAUUUAUUUCUUAAUCAAUUUCAAUAAGCUUCUUAUAUUUUAUUUAAAAAAAGAAGAUUAUAACAAACAUCUUAACAAAGUAGUAACAAGAAAGAUGGCUCGUGGUAAAGAUAAGAAAAAACGAAAAUUAGAGAAAAAGCAGGAAGGUGACGAUGUACCGAAAAAAGUUCCUCAUACGUUGGAAUCUCUCCGGGAAAAAGAUGAGACGAUGUUGGCAAAUACGGAAGCGGAGGAACAAGAAGAAGCAAAAAAAGAUAUGGAAUUGGAUGAACUAUCAUCAUAUUUUGAAAAUUCCUAUGAGCCCAAGGUACUGAUCACAUACUCGGACAACCCUCAUUCUAAAACAAGAGUAUUUGGAAAGGAGCUUUCAAGAAUGAUACCAAAUUCAUUAUCAAGAUAUAGACAAAGGUCAUCAGUAAAGAGAAUUGUCCAAUCAGCAAUCAGAGAACAAAUGACAGAUGUGAUAAUUGUUAAUGAAAAUCAGAAGCAGCCAAAUGGGUUCCUCUUGAUACACCUACCAAGUGGACCUACAGCACACUUCAGACUAUCUAGUUGUAAAAUUACAAAAGAACUGAAUAAGGAUCACAAGGAAAUAACGGCACAUAGACCUGAAGUGAUCCUCAACAACUUCAGUACCAGGUUAGGUCUGACGGUAGGGCGUAUGUUAGGAGCUCUGUUCCACUACGAACCAGAGUUCCGUGGCCGACGCGCUGUCACCUUCCAUAACCAGCGGGACUAUAUCUUCUUUAGGCACCAUAGAUACGAAUUUACAGCAGACGGCAAGCGUGCUAAACUGCGCGAACUAGGGCCUCGAUUCACGCUGAAGUUAAUCUCCUUGCAGCAGGGAACAUUUGACUCGAAGCGCGGCGACUACGAGUGGAUCAUCGCCGGCCGCAGACACCAAAUGGAAACGUCAAGACGACGUUUCUUUUUAUAAAAUAAAAAUAGAUUGUCAUGCAA